AUGGCGUGUUUAGAUUGUUGGUGCUAUUUCUGGCUGGCCGUUUAUUUGACGGGGGUGCAGUUUGUUUAUGCGGCGUCAGGAGACGUGACCAAAAAAUGCGAUGGUGACAAGACGAUGACGCUGUCAUUUGCCGGCUCUCAGAACGUUUUUCUUCAAAAAGUCUGGCGCACUACACUAACUGUGCCUUUUUCUUCAACGUACGGUUAUGCGUCUGAGAAGAGCUCCCAAUACGUCGUGACCAUUGCCGUUGGAUCUCGCUCAAAUCUGAAAACCUUCACAUGCCCUAAGCCAGGUCGUCGAGUUCUUAAGCUUCCGGCUGAUAGAUGUGCAGUUGUGGACAGAGAGAAGCUCCCUUGUGGAGGGUCUUCAUCCAUCACUCAAGCAGACUGUGAAGCCAGCAACUGUUGCUAUGAUUCAAGCAGCAGCAGCACCAGUCCAUGCUACUAUGCCAAUGAUGUGACUGUGCAGUGCACCCUGGAUGGCCAGUUUGUGGUGGUGGUGUCUGAGAAUGUGACCCUUCCUUCCCUGGAUCUUGGGUCCAUCCAGUUGGUGGACAGCAGUUCCCCCAGCUGCAGGCCUGUGACCAGCCUGUCCAGCUUUGUCAUGUACCAGUUUCCAGUCAGUGCCUGUGGCAGCACAGUUCAGCUUUCUGGUGGCAAUGUGACUUACCAGAACACCAUGUCUGCUGCCAUUACUGUGAGGAGUGGUCCAGAGGGCUCCAUCACCAGGGACAGUGUAUACAAGUUAUUCUUCCAGUGCACCUACUCGGGAAGCCAGGAGUACUGUUGGGUGGGGUCCAUGAUCAAACCAUUCUAUUCCUCCUAUGGCUCCUACUAUGUGGAUGCGGACUACCCAGUGACCAAAACUCUGAGGGAUCCUGUGGCUGUGGAAGUGCACAUCAUGAACAGGACUGACCCUAACCUUGUGCUGACUCUAGGGGACUGCUGGGUCACCCCAGGACCUUCUGCUUCCAGCCAGCCCCAGUGGAGCAUUCUGGUGAAUGGAUCUUCAUCUACUGUGUUGCUGCUGCCUGCUAUCCCUCUGCCACAGACCCCUGUACUCAGAGCUGCCCU